AUGAUCCGGCAAUUCCAUUCAGCGGCACGAUUGGCCAAUUACUCAAACAUACGUCUAACACUCUUCUCAAAGACCAAUUGUGGACUAUGCGAUAAGGCCAAAGAGGUCACUAAACAGGUAGCGGAAAAUAAGCAGCGAUUCAUGGGUUUGCAGCUCCAUAUCGUGGACAUAGACGAGCCGCAAAACAAAACCUGGUGGAACAAGUACUGCAUGGACGUUCCCGUGUUGCACGUGGAGAACAGCAAUGAUCCCGAAACUGUGUCCAAGAUAUUUCACAGACUCGACGUCCAGCAAGUCGAGCAAAGAAUUGAGAGCCUGAAGUAA